AUGUCCAUCUUGAUCACCACCUAUGAAGGCACACACAAUCACCCACUUCCUAUCUCCGCCACUGCCAUGGCUUCCACCACCGCGGCAGCCGCUUGCAUGCUAACGUCUGGCUCAUCGAUCUCUGGGUCAAUCCCCAGCCGAUCAGUCACUAACACCACCGCUGCCACUGACCUCCAUGGCCAAAACUUUUAUCUAUCCAACAACUCAAAAUCCAGUCAAUUCUACCUAGGCAAUUCUUCAAUCUCAUCUUCACAUUCAUGUCCAACAAUCAUUCUUGACCUCACUUCAAACUCAUUAUCUUCAUCAUCUCAUGUCAACAGAAUUCCCACAAACUUUCCUUCAAGAUAUCCUUCUGCAAAUCUCAACUUCAGUUCUUUGGAAUCAAACCCUCUACCAACCUCUUGGAGCAAUGGUGUCCUUAGCUAUGGAACUCAGGCUCAACAUUACAAUAAGAACCAAAUUGGUUCCUUUAGCUUUGGAAAACAACCUCAAGAAAAUCUUUAUCUAUCUCACAUGCAAAAGAAUGUUCCUACUCCAACUCAGCAAUCUCUUCCACCAGACACCAUUGCAGCUGCAACUAAAGCAAUCACAUCAGACCCAAGUUUCCAAUCUGCUUUAGCAGCGGCUCUAACGUCAAUCAUCGGCUCCGGCAAUGGCGGUGGUGGGACAGUCGGAAACCAUGGCGGAGGAGAUAAAUUUGGACCGAAUUUGAAGCUGGGUGAGUCCUUCCCAGUUGCUUCGAACUUCCCAUCAACUUCAAAUGCAAGUAAAUGCUCGUCAAGCUACUUGAACAAAUCAACUUCAGCAGCGAAUUCCCAAGCAGGAAAUUUGAUGUUUCUUCCACCUUCGUUGCCAUUUUCCACAUCCAAGAGUAAAUCUACCUCUCCUAGUGAUAACAGAGACCAUAUCAUUUGAUUGGUUUUGCUUGUAUAACAAAGAAAAUUGUGCAUGUAUUUUGCCC